AUGCUCGAUGAGUGCAAGGGCGACAGGCUGGAGGAGAUUCUCGCUGCCUUCUCGUCGGCUGUGCUCAAAAGGGUGGUAGCAGAGCAGCAGCGGAAUGACCCACGGAAGAGGCAUCCGGCCCUUGCACAAGCGUUGGCACUUGAGGAUCGUGGCUAUUCUAGCGACCGAUCAGAGCUCACAGCUCUCAUAGUCGCUCACAGAGCUUCUCUUUGUCGCACUUUGAAAGACAAGAAAGUAAUGACGGAGAGGUUCAGAGAGGUUUCCGACUUGCUGAAGAUCAAGGAGCAAGCCAUUGCUGAUCGACGACAGCGAGCUACAGCCUCGCAAAGGAGGCGCCAAAAUGAAGGGAAAGAGACUUCUCAUGAGGUAAAGCUUGAUGUUUGGCGGACCGUGCGAAAUAACUGGUCGGGCAAUGAGUGGUGGCUGGAGACACUUUUACAUGGUGAACGAAAUACCCAAAAGGAUGGUGUCUUGUCUGCGCCUUUCGAUCGAGUCUGGCGCCGCGUCCAAGCUGGUCGCAUUUUUGAGCUUGAAGACAAGUCGGAUAGUUUGCUGGACGAGCUGGAUAACCGAGUGAAGAGUCAUGAAGAAAGGCUCCAGAGAUGGCAGACUUUCCGCCAGCAGAUGUUUGGGAAAACAAACAAAGAGUCCAUAACCAAGGAGUCAAUGGCAGAGCCCAAGCUGAAGGGGAUUAAUCUCGGACUGAGGGGACAUGAAGGAUUACAUCGCGGUCGAACCGCGCGAAGACGUACCCUCCUCAAUCCCAUAACGCCUAAUGAGCUUCGGGAUGAUUACAAGGAAAUACUCCGUGGCUUCAAACUGGAGUUGUCUAAUGUCGACCCCAAGCUAUCCAGUACUCCAUCCUGGUUGCAAAAACCAAGAGAGCCGUCACGACAGGAGUUUGAUGUGGAGGUGAUUUCCGAUAUUAGUGAUCACGAGAGGAACCUUGCCGCAGCGCCUUCUCGAACCUUUCGACAAGAGCUUACAGCAGCCGAAGGUUCGUCAUACCAACCUAUACUGGAGAGGUUGAAGAGUGUCCACGAACAGGGAGAAGCACUGGCCCGUUCAGAUGACAUCAAUGCCGCAGCUUCAACACGGUUACGAAGACCAGCGACUCAAUAUGCCAACUAUACUAAGAUAGAGGAGGGCUCCUCUCGCCUAACAAGGAAUCAGCAAAGAGAAGAGGCUACAAGCCCAACACCACCUCAGGUUUCAGUUUCGCCCCCGCGCCGUAGGCCAUCGUUAAUCUCCAGGAAGGGGAAGCAACCGGAAAAGCUACCGAGCAGUACAGCUUCGAGUGACCGUCCACCCUCGCCGCUGACUGAGCAAGGCCGCCACGAACAGUACAGCUUUCAGCCGUAUCCCGAACCCCAGCAGCUAGCUGAUCAGAUCUUGGCGUCCGUCGAUGCUGCCUCGCCUUCACCCCUGAACAAACCACGACACACUCUUUCCCUGGCCGAACGGACGCGUCUGACUCUCGCUCGUCGACAUCCACAGGCCGCCGCUCAAAAUGCAGAAGUAGACGCCGACGCCGAUGAAGAAGACACAUACUUCCCACCUAUCCGCUCAGCAUCUCACAAACGUUCACACACCAUCUCCAGUCCUUACAAAGCAAGCACACCUAUUGGUACGCCGGAUGCCACAAGCAACAUCGCUAGAGGCGGAACAGGAGCAGUAGUAGGAAGUUCAUCAACCUACGAAGAUCUCGAAACCCGCACCCGUCGUUCCAUGGCCAACUUCGAGUCCGCCCAAAAGAAGGCUCAGCUGGAGAGACGGCGGUCGGAGCGCAACCCGAAGCAGCUGGCACCGCCGCUAAGGGGUGGUGGGUAUUUUCCUGCUGUGGGUGAAGAAGGAGAAGGAGAAGACACAGAAGGAAAUUCGGCGCUGUUGUUGGCGGAGGAGCUGCUUAGUGCAGGACAGGAUGUGGAUUAUGAUGCUGUGUUUAGGAGUAGGCCGAAGAUUGCGAUGAGUCCGACCCCGGAGAAGGAGGAGGAGGGAAGAUUUAGGGGGUGGGAAUAG